GAAUAUAUCCUGCAAGGGGCGUGUUUUUGACUUCUGUUUAGUUUUAUAUCUUUCAGCACCAUUUUGGACCAAUUUAACGUUAAACAAUGAAUGUAGAGCAUGAAGUUAAUUUGUUGGUGGAAGAAAUAAAAAGAUUGGGAACACAAAAUGGAAAUGGACAAUAUGAGGUGACGUUUGGUGUUCUAUUUAAUGAUGAUCGUUGUGCUAAUAUAUUUGAAGCUCUAGUCGGAACUCUCCGUGCUGCCAAACGUAAGAAGAUUGUAACUUACGAAGGUGAACUGUUGUUACAAGGUGUCCAUGACAACGUGAAGAUAGUUCUAUUACAAUCAGAAUGAUUAGAAUGUAUAAAUAGUAACAGAACAAGAUAGCAGCAAUACUUUCAUUUCAUUUGAGUUAAAUAUCAUGUAAUUGUCAGAUAUGGUACUGGAAUUUUUUGACAAACACAGGACCAAAUUUUCAGGGAAUAUUUUGUGGAAUGAGUCAAAAAAGGGGAUCAGAACUGGAAAACAUUUUUGACUAUAUAUUUGUGAAAUAUUAAUUCAUUAUUAUUGAAAUAUUUACAUUAGAGUAAUAAUAUCACUACGUACGAGUUUUCAAGGUAAAGAUUAAAAUUGCGAUUGGAAAUUUGACCGAUUUUGUCAAUAAUUGCUUUUGUUCUUUCUAGCGAUUAGAAUCUGUAACCAUGACAGUUGAUAACAAUUGGUCAAUUUCUUGGCAUAAGGUUUAGUCUUGGUAGACUUCUUUCUGAGGAGAUGCUUUGAAAGCCAUCUGACCUGGAUGUAGAAGAGUGAAUAUAUGAAACCUUUUAACAAAUGAAUUCACAAGUUUAAAAUAUAAGAGCCCAACCAUUGUUCGGCAGUAGUCAGAUUUGAGUUUUUCAUUUUACAUCAUUUUAGAUAAUUGGGAUCAAUUUAGAUUUAGUUGCAGGGCAACAUUUUCAAUUUUGUUCAAAAAUAUUUUUUUAUUUUGCUCAUAUUUUGCUUUUCAGAGAUUUUUUUGUUUUGUUUAUUUUGUUGUACAGUGUCAAUUAGGAAUAAGAUAUUUUGAUACAUGAAAUAGUAUAAUAAUUAAUUAUAGAAACU